CUUACAUAAACACACCAAAGCGGUGUAAAAUAUUUUAUAAACACAAUGUCACUCGGUAUUCUUGGAGAACGCAUUACCGGAAAGGAUGUCCGGAUGCGUAACGUCACGGCUGUACAAGCCAUCGCCAAUAUACUGCGCUCGAGUUUAGGCCCUAAAGGUCUAGAUAAAAUGCUAGUCGACGAUGUUGGAGAUGUAACUAUAUCCAAUGACGGUGCUACCAUCCUUAAGCAGCUGGAAAUACAACACCCAGCAGCUAAAUUACUAGUGGAUCUUAGUGAACUCCAAGAUCAAGAAGUAGGUGAUGGUACCACCUCGGUUGUACUACUAGCCGUUGAACUCCUCAGAAGAGCUAAUGAUCUGGCCAAUUCAGGGAUACACGCUACCUCAAUCAUCGCCGGCUAUAAAAUGGCCAUCAAAGAAUGUGUCAAGUAUAUCAAGGAUAACUUGAGUAAACGCAUGAGCGAUUUGGGAGAUGAAAUGGCAGUCAAUAUUGCAAAGACAACGCUGUCGUCUAAGAUGGUAUGCGUUAAUCUGGAAUACUUCGCCAGUAUGGUAGUGAAGGCCAUUAAGGCCAUAGAAACAUGUGACGAUAUGGGAAACCGUAAAUUCCCUGUGGAAGCCGUUAAUAUACUUAAGACCCAUGGUAAAAGCCUAAAGGACUCGUUCCUUGUAAACGGAUACUCUAUCAUGAUGGGACGUGCCGCACAGGGAAUGCCAAUCGAUAUCAGCAAUGCCAAAAUUGCGUUCCUAGACUUCCCAUUGAAGCAUUAUCGUCUGCAUUUCGGAGUACAGGUGCAAAUUACUGACCCCGUGGAACUUGAGCAAAUAAGACUCAAGGAAAAGGAUGUUACCAAGGAACGCGUCCAGAAGAUAUUGGCCACUGGAGCUAACGUGGUACUGACAUCACAAGGUAUAGACGAUAUGUCACUCAAAUAUUUCACGGAGGCCGGUGUGAUGGCAUAUAGGCGUGUACCACGCAAAGAUCUUCGCAGGAUUGCUAGACUUACAGGUGGUAAGCUGGUGUUAACCCUGUCAACAUUCGAGGGUGAAGAAGCAUUCCCCGAGGAUUCACUUGGUACUUGUGGCAAGGUGUACGAACAACGUGUGGGUGAUGUAGACUUUACAUUCUUCGAACAGUGCUCGUCAUCAAGAGCAGCUACAAUUAUCCUCCGCGGGGCCAAUGAUUAUAUGGUAGAAGAAGCUGAUAGGUCAAUCCACGACGCACUAUGCGCGGUCAGCAGAGCACUGGAGAAGGAUUCACUGGUACCUGGAGGAGGUUGUGUAGAAACUGCGCUGUCGCUACACCUGGAAGCAUACUCAAGGACACUGGCGUCAAGGGAACAAAUGGCAAUUGCAGAAUUCGCGGAAUCGUUGCUAGUCAUACCCAAAACGCUGGCACUCAACGCAGCACUGGAUGCUACCGAGCUAGUAUCAAAACUAAGAGCACUUCACGCAAAGGCGCAGUCUGAAUCCGCAACACCAGAAGAUAAAGAGUGCAAAUGGUAUGGUAUAAGCCUAGCCGAUGGUGAAUUGAGGAAUAACCUAAAGGCUGGAAUACUGGAGGCUACAGUUAGCAAAAUAAAGUCCAUCAAGUUCGCAACGGAAGCAGCAGUAACAAUCCUAAGAAUAGACGAAUUGGUAACACUUGAACCUGAAAAGGAGCACGACGAUCACUGAGUUUUUAAUAUAUUACCUGCACACC